AUGUUAGGGUAUAAUUCUUCCUCUACUUUUUCUUCAUCUUCUAUGAAUCGACCUAAUUCAUCAGGACAAGUACAAAAUGAUGAAUAUACAAAGUUAUCAAAUAGUGACAAAGAUAAUAAUACAAUACCAACAUUAAUUCUACGUUAUAAAUAUGGUAUCUAUUAUGAUUUAAAUAUAAAAUAUGAUUUAAUACGUAUUAAUCAAUUAUAUGAACAAGCGAAAUGGUCAAUUCUAUCAGAAAUUUAUGAUGUAACAGAUGAAGAAGCAUGUUUAUUUGCUGCAUUACAAUGUCAAGUAUGUGAUCAUGAAUACUAUUUUAUAAUAUUGAUUUAUUUAUGGAUACUAUGAUACUACUAGGUUACUCAAAUUAAAAUAGGUGAUUUUCUCAUGUGCAAUGGUGGUGAAAGGGUUCAUACACCUGGAGAUUUCGAUAUAAACAUCUAAUCAACAAAUUAGUAGAGUAACGUCAGGAGAUACAGUCACAUGGUAGCCAGUGAUCAAUAAUUGGUUCAUACUCCAUUUGUUCUUUCAAGAUCUUAGAGCCCAUGUAUAUGAUUGGUUUAGAAUGAGGGUUUUUUUCAACUCCCCUAGGUGUAUCCUCCAUAUCUACUAAUCCAGUUAGACAUUCGUUUCUUGUCUUUUCAAUUUCGUAAACAAUAUCCUCACCAUAAAACUUCAGUGAAGAUUAGUUUCGUUAAAUAUAAUCAUAUGUUAAUUGAAGUAGACUGUACUGUAA